AAACUUCAUCAGAAAUCAUUUGGUCAUUAGAAAACAAAAACCUUGCUAGAUAUAUACAAGAAUUACUAUUGAUUUAGAAUUAUCCAAGGUUGCCCAAAGUCACAAAAGUAGGCAGAACCCAACAAAGAUAAUUCCAGUUCAUUCAUCCACCAACAACUCACCUACUAACUGUCUACAUGCAAAUCAUGACAUUUCAGACCAUUUGCAGAAGCAAAGAAAAAGAUAACCAAUUGAUGUUGUACAAUUCAUUUUGUCAAUUUCAUCCCAUAUUUUAAGGCUCAGAAGCCAUGGAAGAGAUUGUAAUCCUAUUAUUUUCUUGUCCAAUCUUAAUCUCUGUCACUAUUCAUGAACAGACAUGGUAUAAAGCAACAGUUUAUUCCAUAAAAAUUCAAACAAUAACAGAAGAAAAUGAUGAACUGGAAGAAGAAAAUGAGUAGUGCAGUUUCAGAAUUUGCGCGCGCGCGCACACAAACACUCACAUGCACAUCACUUUAAAGUAAUGGUUGACCCUUUAAUUCUUGCCGCUUUGGGUUGUGACUUUCACGGUUCUUCUCCAGCUUCUUGCCUUGUCAAUCAGUCACCCCCCCUUCCCCCCUCCCUACAACAUUUUCUCUCUCAUCCUUAUCACUUCUCUUUUUCUUCUUUUAGUGCUCUUUAUAUGAUUGUUCGGUUUCCAUGCUUUCAUUGGCUCAAAGAUAAAAUCCAAUUUUCCUGUUUUAGUUUCUUGAACUUCUGUUGAACUAUGCUUUUUGACUUGUUAGGAUCAUCAGUUAUUUUAUUUAUUUAUUUUUUUUAUUAUCCCUGUCUUGAAGCAAUAUGGCUAUGAAUUUCUGAAUAAUAUGUUAGCGGCAGAAAUUUCUUGAUGAUUGUCCUGUAUAUGUAAGUAACUUUACAUUGUUGGGACAGUUCAUGUUGUUUCAAGUUGUCCCAGGCAUACCUUAAAGUUUCCUCUUCCAGUACACAGCAGAAUCAUGGCCAUAUUCUAUUGAAUUUCGUUCUUGUUCGACUCCUUGAGAAAAGGCUUAGUAGAUUUUCUUCCACAUAAAUGAAAAGCCAAAAGUAUUUGAUUUUUGUAUUACAUUUUUUUUGCCUAAUUGUCUUUGUUCGAUCAUUAAAUGAUGAGGGGAAUAUUCUCUUGGAGUUUAAAAAUUCCCUUAAAGACCCUUAUCAUAAUCUUCAAAGCUGGAGUUCUUUGGAUUCAAAUCCUUGCAAUUGGACAGGUAUAGGGUGUUUAGCUGAUUUUAAGGUAACUUCGAUUCGUCUUAAUGGCCUCAAUUUGUCUGGUUCUUUAUCUUCAAUCAUUUGUAAACUCCCUUACUUAGUCGUGAUGAAUGUGUCGAAAAACUUUAUCUCCGGUCCAAUUCCUGACGAUUUCAAUUGUUUUCGUAAUCUAGAAACUUUAGACCUUUGCACAAAUAGAUUCCAUGGAGAGUUUCCUACCCAAAUCUGCAAUGUUACUUCCCUCAGAGAGCUUUAUCUGUGUGAGAACUAUAUAUUUGGAGAGAUUCCUGAGGAAAUGGGCAAUCUAACUUUACUUGAGGAGCUUGCCAUUUAUAGUAACAAUCUAACCGGAAUAAUUCCUUCAUCCAUUGGGAAAUUGAAAACUCUUAGGAUUAUCAGGGCAGGUCGAAAUUAUUUAUCUGGUCCACUUCCUGCUGAAAUCACUGACUGUGAUAAUUUGGAAGUCCUAGGUUUGGCAGAAAAUAAGCUGGAGGGUCCUUUUCCUAUUGAGCUACAAAAACUUAAGAGUCUCACCAGCUUGAUUCUUUGGAAAAAUAUGUUUUCGGGUGAAAUUCCUCCUCAAAUAGGUAAUUUUACUAGCUUGGAAUUACUUGCAGUGCAUGCAAAUUCAUUCUCAGGAACCAUUCCCAAGGAAAUUGGGAAGUUGCCUCAUCUGAAAAGAUUGUACUUGUACACUAAUCAAUUGAAUGGAACGAUUCCACCAGAACUCGGGAAUUGUUCAAAUGCAGUCGAGAUUGAUCUUUCUGAAAAUCGAUUGACAGGAGUUAUUCCAGACAAGUUGGGCCAAAUUUCUAAUCUACGUUUGCUUCAUCUUUUCGAGAACCUCCUCCAGGGAAAUAUCCCACAGGAGCUUGGAAAGUUGAAGCAACUCAAAAAUCUAGAUUUGUCCAUAAAUAACUUGACAGGCUCAAUUCCUAUUGAGUUUCAAAAUCUCAGGUUCCUUGAGAACUUUCAACUUUUUGACAAUAAUCUUGGAGGUAUCAUUCCUCCAUUUAUUGGGGCUAAUAGCAACCUCACUGUCCUUGACAUGUCCAUGAAUAAUCUUGUGGGCAGGAUACCAAAGCAUAUAUGCAGGUUUCAGAAAUUGAUUUUUCUUAGCCUGGGAUCAAACAAGUUGUCUGGGAACAUUCCUCGUGGUUUAAAAACUUGCAAAUCUCUCGAGCAUCUAAUGCUGGGAGACAAUUUCUUUACGGGAAGUCUUUCUACUGAAUUCACAAAACUUCAGAACCUUUCAGCACUUGAACUCUAUCAAAACCGAUUCUCAGGAUUGUUACCUUCAGAAGUGGGAAAUUUUACUACCUUAGAGAGGCUGCUGUUGUCGGGUAACCAAUUCAUUGGCCAAAUUCCUAUGGACAUUGGGAAACUUGUAAAGCUCGUUGCAUUCAACUUGUCGUCCAACAGGCUCUUUGGAAGCAUUCCUCAAGAGUUGGGAAACUGUAUAAAGCUCCAGAGGCUCGAUCUUAGUAGGAACUGGUUUAGUGGCUCCAUUCCAGGAAAGCUAGGGAUGCUGGUGAAUCUGGAACUGCUGAAACUAUCUGAUAACACGUUGACGGGACCAAUACCAGGAACUUUAGGGGGUCUAGCCCGAUUGACAGAAUUGCAAAUGGGUGGAAAUUUCUUUUUGGGAAACAUUCCAGUCGAGCUAGGUCGAUUAACUUCUCUUCAGAUUGCUCUGAAUAUCAGUCAUAACAAUCUCAGUGGCUCAAUCCCGAGCAAUUUAGGUAACCUGCAGAUGCUAAUAUCACUUUACUUGAAUGACAACCAGCUUGGUGGUGAAAUUCCUAGUUCAAUAGGAGCACUAAUGAGCCUAAAUAUAUGCAAUCUUUCUAAUAAUAAUCUGGUGGGAACAGUGCCAAACACCCCGGUUUUCCAGAGGAUGGACUCCAGCAAUUUUGCUGGAAACAAUGGAUUAUGCAUAUUAGGUUCAAAUCAUUGCCAUUCAUUUCCAGCCCCUACAUCUGCUCCAAAUCCUAGCUGGUUGAAGGAAGGUUGUUCCAAAGAAAAAAUAGUCGGCAUUGUUUCAGUUACUAUAGGCCUGAUCUCUUUGACUUUUAUUGUGAGUGUUUGUUGGGCUAUCAGGCACCGUAAACCUUCUUUUGUUUCACUUGAAGAUCAACCGAAACCUGAUGUAUUGGAUGGCUAUUACUUUCCAAAGGAAGAUUUCACAUAUAUGGACCUUGUUGAUGCCACGGGGAAUUUUUCAGACAGCGCUGUCAUAGGAAAGGGAGCCUGUGGAACUGUCUACAAGGCUGUAAUGACCAAUGGGGAAGUGAUUGCAGUUAAAAAGUUGAAAGCCAGAGGAGAAGGAGCCAGCUCAGACAACAGCUUUUGUGCUGAAAUUUCGACUUUGGGAAAAAUUAGGCACAAAAAUAUUGUAAAACUCUAUGGCUUUUGCUACCACCAGGACAGCAAUCUUAUAUUAUACGAGUACAUGGCGAAUGGAAGUCUGGGAGAAGUACUUCAUAGGAAGGAGAAAGAUUGUAUUCUCGAGUGGAAUGCUCGAUACCAAAUUGCUCUUGGUGCUGCAGAGGGGUUAUGCUAUCUUCACAAUGACUGUAAGCCUCAAAUCAUUCAUCGCGACAUAAAAUCAAACAACAUUUUGCUUGAUGAAUAUUUUGAGGCUCAUGUUGGUGAUUUUGGCUUGGCAAAGUUGAUCGACUUCCCCUUCUCAAAAUCAAUGUCUGCUGUUGCUGGUUCAUAUGGCUACAUUGCUCCUGAAUAUGCUUACACGAUGAGAGUGACUGAGAAAUGUGAUAUAUAUAGUUUCGGGGUAGUUUUGUUGGAACUGAUUACUGGAAGGUCCCCUGUCCAACCUCUUGAUCAUGGAGGUGACCUAGUUACCUGGACAAGAAGAUCGAUAUCUAAAUUAGUAACAACAUCUGACAUAUAUGAUCAACGGAUUGCUCUUAGCGAGAAAAGGACUAUGAGAGAGAUGUCUUUAGUACUUAAAAUUGCAAUGUUCUGUACCAGCACAUCCCCUCUCAACAGGCCUACCAUGCGCGAAGUCAUUGCAAUGCUGAUCGACGCCAGGGAGUCAGCGAGUGAUUCAUUAUCAUCUCCAACAUCAGAAACUCCCCUAGAAGAAGCUGGUUUCUGUUAAGGUGCUAUGGAGCUGUAGGUUGUCAUUUGAAGACAAGGGCUUUCAGAAGAUUAUUUUUCUUCCUAUUUGGAUAAUGCACCAAGAAACUGUCAUCUCCUGAGAGCCUGCCCUGCUUGAUAUGAAGGUGGAAGCCAGAGCAAAAACACCUUACUUUUACUCACUCUAGUAUAAUUUGGGUUAUCGUACUUAUCCCCAUUUCGUUCAGAAAAUAAUUUUUUUCCCCUAUUUUUGUUUUCCAAUUACGCGUUUCGACUAGUUUAAGUUUAUAGACGAAAUAAAAUUAAUCAAUAUUUUGCAGUAGUCUUGAAGAUGAAAAAAUAAUUUCUUAAGAAAA